AUGACUACAUACCUUCUGUUCUGCACCGCAGAUAUCUCUCCGAACACGAUCACCAAGCUGCUCGAACAGCCAAGGACGAACUGUUUCGUGCUCGCAAAGGAUCCAUCUCAAGCCAGCUUCGACCACUGGCGCACGAAUCCACCUAUCCACGCUUUCCAGAAUGGCUUCAUAGGUUGGGAUGCUGCUCGGAUUCAACGUUACCUUGAGGGAGAACUCCCAGAAAGCGCAUUGAAUCCCAAGACGAAUAUCACUAAGGAGCAGUUUGCUAUGCUCGAUAAGAAAAGCGAAAGACAAAGACAGUGGUGA